AUGGCCGUUGAGGUGCUGCGCAAGGUUGAUCAUACCUACAUCCAUGAUCUGGUGUCUUUUUUCUACGUCCUAAUUUGGAUUUGUGCGCCACAGUCAUGGCAGAAUGGAUUUACCGUAUAUCGCAGCGCUAAAGAUGGUGAUACUACGGUGAAUAGGCUUGAAGAAAUUGUGGGCGAAUUUCCAGAGUUGCUGGAUGUUGUCAAGCCGCUUUGUCUGAGGAUCAGGAAGAUUCUCUUUCCGUGA